CAGCCGCCAAUUUUUUUCCCCUGCGUACGGCUUGUCAAUUGUCAUUUUUCCAAGCCAAGAAGUUUUAUUUUUGGACCAAAUUCGGUGAAAAUUAGUGAUUUUAGCGAUCGGCUGGAAUUGGAUGCUCGCUAAUCGAGGGCGUAAACGGUGAAUGAAUUCAUCCCACUAAUAGAGCAAUAAGGAAACGAAACACCGAUUAUAAUGCCCUCUCCAACGGCAGCAACAUGGGUAAAAUUCUUCACGAAUGCGAACAUUCCGUCGCCUGCCGCAGCUACGUAUGCGCACGUAUUUGUCGAAAAUCGCAUUCAAAUGGACAUGCUGAUGGACUUGAACAAGGAGUACCUACGAGAAAUGGGCAUAACGACGAUGGGCGACAUAAUAGCGAUAUUGCGCCACGCUAGGAAAGUCCACGAACAGAGUGCAAGGGAUAGGGUAUUAUCCGUACCGGAUGCAGACAUAUGUCUGCCGGUGGCCACGGUAUCCGCAACACAGAGUACAAGCUCGGUUAGCAAUGGAAAGAAGACGGAAAAAGCUGGAAUGACCCGAACCGUAUCAACAACGAUACCAGCGAAGGGCGAAACGAAAGCGCGACGUGUGCUACCGGAACACGAAGGAAAAUAUAAAAUCACACUCCCUUCCGGCAACACUCCAAGAAGUAGAGAGAUUCUUGAGAAAAAGACACAGGAAAGUAAACCACUCACUGGCAGUGCUUUGGUUACUGCCGUUUCGAAAGUAGGCACUAAGCGUAGCAGCAUUUUUGACCGACUCAACAAUGACAGUGAACCACCACCUAGCAAAGUAUCUUCGAAAGCACAAUCAGUCCAACACGCAACGGUACCGGUCGUAUCGAGUUCCAUAUUUUCUCGGCUGGGUGGUCGGCAAGCAGAUGACAAUGGAAGCUCCUCCAACGUACGCAUAACCGCAUCGAGCAUUUUAAAGUCAUCCGUCACCAACGGCACAUCGUCCGCUCUGACGAAAAUUCCUCCAGCACAGCAGAAAGUAAUCCUGGUUAAAAAGAUGCCUGCCAAAGCGGCUCUUCCGACCUCAUCGGAUGAGGACGAAAUGUGCGAUUACCCAGCAUUCAGCGGAGGAGGCAUAAAGUCUGUUUCGUUUUCCGAGGAGGACGAAGUGCUUGAAAUUGCUCCGAGAAAGCCAAACAAACCGACCAGCUCUCCUAGUAAUCGGCUGAAGUUUAACGAGCAGGAAGUGUCUGUGAAGCAGCGCCUCGGGGGUGGAUCCAGAAUGGGACUAACAUCUUCUGCUACCGUAAUUCGAGACUCGUCCUUCCGCGGCACGAAGAAGGUGGUGCACAUGAAACCACAACCCAAGGUAUCUCCUUCAAGAAGUGGACUGAAGUCAGAUUCGAUCGGAGGAGCUCGCAGUAAACAACCGAUUAAAGCUCGUCUCAGUUUGGGCUCACAGACUGUUGCAAAUGCAUCCAAGCACAGCAUUGUGAAGCGGAUGGAUAGAUUCAGCCUCGAUUCUAAGAUGACCAACGUUAGACGUAGUGCACCGGCCAACAACAGUACUGUAUUUGAUCGACUAGGAUAUAACCGUAAGUAAGAAUACAAAGGUACAAAACCGUUGUACUAAUUUUCCCCUCAAAUAAAUGAACCAACAAAUAAUACUUGAACCCUCUAUUUUAUGUGGUAAGUUUCGAAAGAAUACCAGAUC